GCUCAAACUUAGGGACUGUUUUGAGAAAAGAUUUUUCUCAACUUUCUCUACACCGGCGAAUGCACAACUAGACCACCAGAUUCCGGGCCGUGUUCGCUGUGCAUCAAUCGGAGAAUGCACAAUUAAAUCGCGGGGGCCGUGUUCGCCGUCGAGUAGAGGUCGGAGUUAUUGUGUGCUCUUUCGCCUGAUUCUGUAAUCCAUUUUAAUUGGUGAGAUAGCCUCUUUAGGGUUGAGAUGCAGAUUGACUAAUAAUGGGUCUGGAAAAUCUGAAGCAACUGACGCCUUUUAUCAAAGAAGCAUUUCAGCAAACACUACUCGUAGCCAAAUUCCUCUGUGGUAUUCAUGUCACCAACAGCUACAUCUGCACCUUCGCUCUCACUCAAGGUCCAAGCAUGCUUCCAACGUUUAAUCUGACUGGAGAUCUUGUUUUGGCUGAAAGGCUAUCAACUCGGUUUGAGAAAAUGCAACGUGGAGAUGUGGUGCUAGUGCGUAGCCCUGAGAACCCGAGAAAAAUUGUGAUCAAAAGACUCAUGGGUAUGGGUGGUGAUACUGUUAGAUAUGUUGUGGAUCAUGCUAAUAAUGGAAUAGAACAUACUAUUGUGGUACCAGAUGGACAUGUUUGGAUUGAAGGGGAUAAUAAAUUUAAUACCAACGAUUCGAGGAACUUUGGACCUGUACCUUAUGGACUUGUACAGGGCAGAGUCUUUUGGAUUGUAUGGCCUCCUGAAGAUUUUGGAUCAGUAGGAAGAGAAGUACAGUAAUUCAACAUUUCAAGAUUUGGAGUAUGCUUGUAGAGUAUUCUCUUACAAGCAUGGUUUUUAAACAAUUUACUGAAGAUGGCAAUUGGUGGGUUGCUUUACUACUAGGUUCGAGUUGGAAGACAGGACGCCGGAGCUGUUAAAUAUAUUCGGUUAAUGUAUUUCUCAAGCUCCAAAGGCUGCACGGUUUGCAUAAUUUAUUCUUGAAUUGCCACUGCUAAUGCAUUAGCAAGAUUCUAGCUCGAUAGGAAUCACAUACAAAAGAAUACUGCCCAAAUGGUCUUUCCAUAUUUUACUUGUGCCCAAAAAUUGUUUCAACUU